AUGGCCGCUCCAACCGAGGCCCAGCUCGCGCACCAGCAGCUCAUCGAACAGCUCGACAUCCACUCCAUCCACAAGAACUUCCGCAACCCCAACUGGCGGCCCAACCAGCGGCGCAACAAGAACCUCAAGACGAUUGUCGGCGACGCGUCCAAGCGAGAGGCCUCGGCCAUGGCCACGCCCCAGGACGUCAGCGGCGACGCGACCCCGGCCGACGACGGCCUCUCCACCAGCGGCACCUCGACGCCCGCCACCGGCGCCAGCAACCCUCCGAACCUCGCCCAGGCCUCGCGCAGCCUGUCCAAGCUCGUGCUGGAGAAGACACUCAAGCCGACUGGCGCCGCUGCAGCCGCCGUCACCGCCCCGAGCGCCACCUACACAAACAUCGAGUCGGCGCCGUCCCUGGCGCACUCCAAGUACUACUGCGAUGUCACCGGCCUCCCCGCGUCCUACCUCGACCCCAAGACCAGGAUGCGCUAUCACAAUAAGGAGGUGUUUGGCUUGAUCCGUUCUCUGCCGCAGCCCACUGCCGAGCAGUUCCUCGAAGCGCGCGGCGCCCACACCGUACUGAAGUGA